CAUGUGCCGCCGGGACCCCGGUGUGGCCGAGACGCUGGUGGAGGCGGUCAGCAUGAGUGCCCUCGAGUGCCAGUACCAGUUCCGCUUUGAGCGCUGGAACUGCACCCUGGAGGGCCGCUACCGGGCUAGCCUCCUCAAGCGAGGCUUCAAGGAGACAGCCUUCCUUUACGCCAUCUCCUCCGCUGGCCUGACGCACGCGCUGGCCAAGGCUUGCAGCGCAGGCCGCAUGGAACGCUGCACUUGCGAUGAGGCGCCUGACUUGGAGAACCGGGAGGCCUGGCAGUGGGGCGGCUGCGGAGACAACCUCAAGUACAGCAGCAAGUUCGUCAAGGAGUUCCUGGGCCGGCGGUCUAGCAAGGAUCUGCGAGCCCGCGUGGACUUCCACAACAACCUCGUGGGUGUGAAGGUGAUCAAGGCCGGGGUGGAGACCACGUGUAAGUGCCACGGCGUGUCCGGCUCCUGCACCGUGCGGACGUGCUGGCGGCAGCUGGCGCCUUUCCACGAGGUGGGCAAGCGCCUGAAGCACAAAUAUGAAACAGCCCUCAAGGUGGGCAGCACCACCAACGAGGCCACCGGCGAGGCCGGCGCCAUCUCGCCCCCGCGGGGCCGGGCCGCUGGGGCAGGUGGCGGCGAUCCCCUACCCCGCACGCCGGAGCUGGUGCACCUGGACGACUCCCCCAGCUUCUGUGUGGCUGGCCGCUUCUCCCCAGGCACCGCCGGCCGCAGGUGCCACCGUGAGAAGAACUGCGAGAGCAUCUGCUGCGGGCGCGGCCACAACACGCAGAGUCGGGUGGUGACCCGGCCCUGCCAGUGCCAGCCUCCCAGGCUGUGGCUCUUCCCUGUCUCAAUAGAGCCUGGUCUGGAGGAGCCCCUUCCUCCCUCCCUUCCGAACCCCCUCCUGACCUGUUUGCCUGAUCUGCUUUGUCGUUUGAAACCACUAAAUCAAGAGAGACAUUGCUGUUGUUGUUUUUAAAGGAGUAAAGCAAGCUGUGUCUGGCCACCACCCUCAGGGUUUCUGAAGCCAGGUCUCAUGGUCCAGGUUGGCUACCCACAGCGAGGCUGACCAGGGAGGUGGACGGGCCCUCCUCUGCACCCCGAGGGCACAUGGAUCCACACUGGCGGCUCAAUGCAGAUUCUGGGACUGGGGGUGGCAGAGGGCAGCCUCUUCUCCCCUAGAGUUGGGCCUGGGCAGAGGGGCAGGGCCUGCCUCUUAGCGGUUCAUUUCAUGAGGAAGGCACAGCUUGUUCUCUGUCACUGUAGGGGAGGCAGGGUGGGGGCAGACACGGGUGGAGAGAGUUUGAAGAUAGGAUUUGGCAAGUGGAAAGUGUUCUCCUUGGUCGUGCUGUCGAUUUUGCAGAGAAGGGAAAAGUAUGGCCAUCACUGCCCUGAUUUGGUUGAGGGUGUGUGCACACAUGUGUGCAUGCAUGCGUGAGCGUGUGGUGUGUGUACAUGGGCAUGCUGUGUGAAUGCAUGAGUGUCCACCUGUGAGUAUGUGGUGUGUGUAAGUGCAGGUGCAUGCUUGUGUGUGCGCACACACGUUUCCAUGUGUGUAUCCAUGCAUGAGAAUGAGCGCAGAUCUGCAUGGGUGUGCAUGUAUGUACAUGGGUGCACGUGUGUGUGUGACCAUGUGCAUAUGUCUGUGCACGUGGGGUAUAUGUGCUUGUGUGUGCAUGUGUGUGGUGGUGUGCGUACGUGUGCACACUGUUGGUGUGGUCAGUGGUUGGCUCGGGUGCCGUUGCCUAGGUGUGGAGCUCUCCUGCCCAUGUUGGUAGGGCCUCCAGCCCUGGGCCCAUCCUGCUCAGCUCUGUGACUAUGCUCGGAGGGUGUGCACUGGGGUUUGGGCAGGUGCAGAGCUGGGGCAGGCAGUGUGGACGCGGGAACUACUGAGUGAAGGGAUUCCUCGGAGUCCAGGGGGCUUCAGGAAGCCUGGAGACUGUGUUUGUAAAAGAAAACCUAUUUAUGUGGAUGUGGGUCUCUUUGUCCCUGUUCCAUAGUGUAAAUAGCAGAGUUUAUUCUCCUGUGGUUCAGAGGACACCCCCGUGAAGAACUGCAUGCUCAGAGUGGCGCAGCCAAGGCAUGCUCCCUGGGAGGGAGCCAGGGUGGGCUCUGGCAGUGGGUGGCGUGGGGCUGCCGCUUGGUCUCCUCCACGCUUGGCUGGAGGGCGGGGAGAGGCGGGGGCGUGCCCCGGUUGUCCCCAAGCAUCCCCACCUGCUGGGGCCUGGAGCAGGCAGAGCUGGCCAUGUUUCUAUGACAAGACUGUAGCUCGGUCACUACUGGGUUGGAAGGGCAGCAAGUCAGAGGAAGGAUUUUUUUUUUUUUUAAGUCAAAUACCACAUUUAGCUCUAUGUCAUAAAUAUUAAGAAAAGUAUUUUUUUAAACAAAGCAGAUUGAAAACGUCUGCUGGCUGGUUUGUUUAUACAUAAAUAUAUAUCAGAAUGUCUUGCUAAGCGAGGAAGCACUCCUGCAGAUGGAGCCUCUUAUUAACAUGCUUUUUGUCUGUACAGCAGAGAAUCUCUCAAAGAAAACACGUCUGUGGCGGGGUCCAGACCCCCCAGCCCCGGGGCCGCAGGGGCAGAGCCAUGCUGAGGGGCCAGGCGGGUCCCGGCCACCUGCUCUCUGCUCAGCGUGCACAGACGCAGCUCUGAGCUUGACCAGGCCAG